AUGGACACGGUUCGAUUAUUUCUUCAAACAAAAAGUUUUCGACGAUCAAAAGGAAGUUUAAAUUUAAAAACAGAUUGUUCACAAACAAUAUUAAAACAAGAUGAAGUAAAUAAUUCAAAUAAUAAUCUUUCAGUUGAUACUGAAGAUACUCAAAGUUCAUCAAGUGAAAAACUAUCUCUUGAAACAAUUAAAUCAUUUUUAUUAACACAUCCACCAUCAACUUCAAUUAUUUCAAAUUCUCCAUUAGUUCCUUUUGAACUUGAAACAUGUUCAGGAGUUGAAACAUCAUCAACAGAUCAUAGAAAAGAUAUAUUAAUAGCACCUAAUCUCUUCGAUUUAGUAUCAAAUGCACGUGCAUUUACAAAUAUUCGUUCGUCAAAACGUUGUCAAUCUUUUAAGUUAAAUAAUCAUUAUAAUAACAAUAAUAAUAAGGGAAGACAACGACGACCUUCAUCAUGGCCCGAUCAAAAUAUUUAUUAUGGAUCUCCAUUAAUGUCAUCACUUAGACGUACACAAUCUAAUCGAUACACAGAUAGAAUAAGAAAACAUCCAACGAAAACUAAAGCUACAACAGAAAAUUUGAAACGACGUAAUACUCAACCAUUUCAAUCAACAUAUCGUCAACGAAAUGAAGAAUUUCGAAAGAUUUUUAAAGAAUUACCAAAUGAUGAACGAUUAAUUGUUGAUUAUUCAUGUGCAUGGCAAAAAGAUAUAUUAGUUCAAGGUCGAAUGUAUUUAUCUCAAAAUUAUUUAUGUUUUUAUGCUAAUAUUCUUAAUUGGAAAACAAGUUUAUUUUUAAAACUUCAAGAUAUCAUUGGAAUAACACGUGAAAAAACGGCAAAAGUUAUUCCAAAUGCUAUUGAAAUAAAAUCAAAUAAAUUUGAAAAAUAUUUUUUUGCAAGUUUUGUAGCACGUGAUAAAACCUAUGCAUUAAUCCAUCGAAUAUGGCAAAAUUCAUUAAAGGAUCAACCAAUAUCUGCUCAACAAUUAUGGAUUAUGAUUCAUGAAAGUUAUGGAGAUGAUUUAGAUAUGACAACUGAUGAAGAAGAUACAUAUAAUAAACCAUCAUUAAAUUUAAUAUCUAAUAAAACAUCAUCAAAACAUCUGAUACAAUCAAUUGAUAAAUACGAUCGCAUAACACCAAAUUCUAUGCAGUCAAAAUGUUCACAACAAGAAGAUAAUCGUUCGAGUGGUUCAUCACAUGGUGAACAUCAUACAGAUGAUGAUGGUAUAAUUCCAAUUGGAGAAAAAGCAACAACAAAUACAAUUUUACGUCAACCUCAAUCAAUAUUAACUAAACAAGGUAUGAAGAGAAAUUCUGAAAAUCUCGAAGUAUGUUACCUAGCACAAUGUCCAUGUCAAUCACAUUUGGCAACUGAAUUAAUUAAUCGAACAUAUUCGAUGUCAGUCGACCGUCUUUUUGAUUAUAUAUUUGGCAAUAAUGAUUUUCUUGAUGCUUAUCGUGCAUCACGUCGCAUUAAAGAUUUUCAUGCAAGUGAGUGGCAAGUUAAUGAUGAAACAGGAAAACGCGAACGUCUCUGUACAUAUAAGGUCACUGUUGCAGCUGUCAUUGGGUCGACAACAAUUGUUUCAAAUGAAAAACAAAUUAUUGAUUGUGAAUUACAGAAAUCACAUUAUGUAUUAGAUACAGAAAUACGAAAUGAAGGAAUAAAAUAUGCAGAUUCAUUUUAUGUUGCAUGUCGUUAUUGCCUUAUACAAAUUGGAUCAAACAAAACGCAUUUAAAAGUCACUAGUGAAGUGAGAUAUGUUAAAAGUUUAAUGGCUAUUAUUAAAACAUUCAUCGAAAAAAAUGCCAUGGCUGCUCUUCAAGAUUCAUUUGCUGAUUUAAUGAAGCGCAUGGAUCAAGAAUCUUCCAAACGAUCACGAACUUUUAGUACUAGUAAAACUACUGAAAAAGAAAAAGUAAUACUAUCAAAAACAAGAACAUUGCGCCAACAACAAUCAGAUGAAUUAACUUCUUCCAUAAAUGAUUUAUCAAUAAACUCCCAACGAGAAGAAUCAAUUGAAGAUGAAAUUAGCUCAGAUGUUUCAGUACCAGACCGUUUGUUUUUUUCUAAAAAUGCAUUUUUACUAUUAUUUUGUCUAUUCACAAUGCUUCUUCUUCUUGUUAUAAAUAUAUUUUUAUGCGUAAAAUUGAAUCAAAUUGAUAAUAUGACAGAUAAUCUUAUAAAAAUGUAUCCAACAUGGCUACAAAGAUAUACAUAUCAACAAGAAGAUAAUGAAUGGUUAUCAUUAUUAAGAAGACAAGAAGAAUAUUAUCAAACUCAAAUAACUAAUCUUCAAUCAGUUUUAAUAACAACUCAUAAUGCCUUAAGAAACAUGGGUCGAAAAUAUUAUUGUGAUUAUUGUGAUAAAAGAUUACCAGCUGGUUUAAAUCAUCGAAAAAAUCAUAAUCGAGGAAUUCAACAUAUUAAUAAUAAAAGAACUUAUUAUCUUCAAUUUCAAGAUCUUGUUGAGAUAUUAUUGAAUGAACGAACAAAAAAAAUUUGUAAUAAAUGGAAUCAAAGUAAUUCAUGUCCUUUUGGUGAUAAUUGUAAAUAUUCACAUCGAUCAAAUUAUGAACUUAUUCAAUUAAUUGAACAAGAAAAACAAAAUUUAAACAAUCAAUUAAAUUUUGAUGUCCAUCGAUGGGUACAAAAGAAAUUACCCAAUGAAAUUCUCUUGCCUGAAUCUCUUACUUCAUAA